GUCUGCCCUCCUCAAGGUCAGAGGGGAAUGCAGGCUAGGUAGGGACUUCCAAAUUACUUGGCAUUAUUUUAAAACUUUUUUCUUAGCAAUAUAAUAAAUCUCCUCAUUGUUUUAGUGGUUUGGUAGUUAAUUUUUUUCUAACGAGGCCAGGUUAACUGAAAUCAUCUGACAUUGGGGAGAAAAGGGAGGAGGUAGUUAAAAAGGAACCUAAUUAGCAAGUUAAUUAUAGCAAGCAAAAAGUGCACUGGUUAUAUAAAUAAGCUAUUGUUAUUCGCAUGCAAGUUGGGCCAUGUCGGGGGACUUGUUGUUAAGGUUUAGAGGUCAGAAGAUCCUUGUAAUUAGGUGAAAAAAAAAAAUAAAGCAAAACAACUACCACCACUCUAGAACUAAGAAUGGCUGGUGAUCAGCUAGCAGAAAUAUCUUAUUAAAUAUUGGGGUUCUUCUGCCUGAGUGGUUGUUGGUGCUGCAGCAGGCAGACCAGGAAAGGCUAAUAACCCCACCAAAACCAGCCAGCUGGAACCAGAGCUGCCAAGAUUGCUGAUGGGGAAGGUGUAAAGGACUGGACACCAGGGUCCCUGAACUGGAGAGGUGGUGAAGAGGGGUCUAGAUGGUAACACUAUGUUUAGCAGCAAGAAGAAGUACAUUGUCAGUGGCGACUCUGGAAUUAAAGCCCAGAUCCAGUUUGCUGACCAGAAGCAGGAAUUCAACAAACGUCCCACCAAGAUUGGACGCCGCUCUCUGUCCCGUUCCAUCUCUCAGUCAUCUACUGAUAGCUACAGCUCAGCGGCUUCAUACACAGAUAGUUCUGAUGAUGAGACUUCUCCACGGGACAAGCAGCAGAAGAACUCCAAGGGUAGCAGCGACUUCUGUGUCAAGAACAUCAAACAGGCAGAGUUUGGCCGGCGAGAGAUUGAGAUUGCAGAGCAAGAGAUGCCAGCUCUGAUGGCUUUGAGGAAGAGAGCUCAGGGAGAGAAACCUUUGGCUGGAGCCAAGAUUGUGGGCUGUACUCAUAUCACUGCUCAGACAGCGGUCCUCAUGGAGACUCUGAGUGCUUUAGGGGCCCAGUGUCGAUGGGCUGCCUGUAAUAUCUACUCUACCCUCAAUGAAGUGGCUGCUGCUCUUGCAGAAAGUGGAUUUCCUGUCUUUGCUUGGAAAGGAGAAUCAGAAGAUGAUUUCUGGUGGUGCAUUGACCGCUGUGUGAAUGUAGAAGGGUGGCAGCCCAACAUGAUCUUGGAUGAUGGAGGGGACCUAACCCAUUGGAUUUAUAAGAAGUAUCCCAACAUGUUUAAGAAAAUCAAGGGUAUAGUGGAAGAGAGUGUUACUGGAGUUCACAGGCUGUACCAGUUAUCCAAGGCUGGGAAGCUUUGCGUACCAGCCAUGAAUGUCAACGACUCAGUCACCAAACAGAAGUUUGACAACCUGUAUUGCUGCCGGGAGUCCAUUCUUGAUGGGCUUAAAAGGACAACAGACAUGAUGUUUGGUGGGAAGCAAGUGGUAGUUUGUGGCUAUGGAGAGGUGGGAAAGGGGUGCUGUGCCGCCCUGAAGGCCAUGGGUUCCAUUGUGUAUGUGACUGAGAUUGACCCCAUCUGUGCCCUGCAGGCCUGCAUGGAUGGAUUUCGACUUGUGAAAUUGAAUGAGGUCAUCCGGCAGGUAGACAUUGUCAUCACUUGUACAGGUAAUAAGAAUGUGGUGACAAGAGAGCACUUAGAUCGCAUGAAGAACAGCUGCAUUGUUUGUAACAUGGGACAUUCCAAUACUGAGAUCGACGUGGCAAGUCUUCGUACCCCAGAGCUGACCUGGGAGCGAGUGAGAUCUCAAGUUGAUCAUGUAAUCUGGCCAGAUGGAAAGAGAAUAGUGCUCUUGGCAGAGGGCCGCCUGCUGAACCUCAGCUGCUCAACAGUGCCUACAUUUGUGCUCUCCAUCACUGCCACCACUCAGGCUCUGGCCUUGAUAGAGCUUUACAAUGCCCCUGAAGGACGCUAUAAACAAGAUGUCUACCUGCUGCCCAAGAAAAUGGAUGAGUAUGUGGCAAGUCUUCAUCUGCCCACCUUUGAUGCCCACCUGACUGAGCUGACAGAUGAGCAGGCCAAGUACCUGGGCCUCAACAAGAAUGGGCCCUUCAAACCCAACUACUACAGGUGA